AUGAGAUCUAGCAUAGCUUGUUUGAGAUGCAGGAAAUCCAAGAUCAAAUGCGACAACGACAAUACCGGAUCGCCUUGCGACACUUGCAUCAAGGCAGGACACAAGUGUGAGUUUCCUGAUCCAACGCCUCUUCCGGCGAAACGAUCAGAACCGCCGACUGCGCCGAAGCAGGAAAGGGAAGUCGGGCAUGACCGGAAGCGAGUAAAGAAGCUCGAAGAUGCCACGUCCUCUGAUGGACGUACUGUCGCCGCGCUUGCUCAGGAAGUGCUUUCGGUACACUAUCUUACCGUCGACUUGUGGCAUCAACUCUUCGACAUAUAUAAGUUGCACUUCGCUACCGAACUGCCGUUCUUACACCUCCCAACUCUCAAGGGCAUCAUUCACGACAAGGACAUCAAGAAGCCGUCAACCGAAUCAAAUCUGAUUUUAUUGGGCAUUCUGGCCCUCACUGCAAGAUUUCACCCCGACUUGGUCAAAUAUGUGGCACACAUCACACAUGACAAAAUCACGGGCCCAAAACCUCGCGGUGCUCUGCCCAGGCCGGAGCCAUCAAUGGCCUCAGAGUACUUCGCAAACGCCCUUACGAAGGCACUGGGACAACUCGAAUCAGCCCUGACAUCAGCUACUAUCGUCCGUGUUCAAGCUUUUCUCAUGCUCGGUUUAUAUAAAUGGAGCCAGCCGAACGGCGGACCGGCGGCAUGGAUGUAUGUUGGUGUUGCCAUACGGAUGGCUCAAGGCUUGAAAUUGGGGUCCGGAGACAAGCCUUUGAGAGGGAAGAGAAAUUUGACUCUGUCUCCUCGGUCGAGUAAAUCUACUCAGCUACCCCCAGACCGUUGGAAAGACCAGGAGAUCAGGCGCCGUAUCAUGUUCAGUUGCUUGAUACUGGAUCGUCUUUUGUCCUGCGGAUCUGAUCGGGUUUCUAUGGUUCGGUCCGACGACCUUCAAAUCCAGCUACCUUGCACUGAACACGCCUUUGACCUAGGCCGCGUUGUCUAUACCGGAUUCUUACGACAGGUGGGACAUGGCAUGGAGCCACCAAUCGACGACAGUGUCUUGAGUCGAUUCGUACAACUAGCAGAUUUCUGGGGCGAUAUCACCAAGUACAGUUUCGCGGGCGGCCGCCAUACGGAAUCCCUUCCACCGUGGGACCAAGAGUCGACUUUCUAUCAAUUGAAUAAGAAGGUAGACGCCUUUUACGCUCACCUUCCGGAAGAGUUCACCUGGUCUAGCUCGAACUUCUGGAAACACGACAAUAGCAUGUAUGUGUCACUUCACAUGCUAGGUGCCCUGUGCAAAAUCAUGCUGCAUCGCGAAUACAUCCCGUUCAUCGCCAUCAAAUGUUCCGAGCCGGUUGGUCCUCUGGACGAGCCCGUCUUUGACCCCGAAGCUGUUCCCGACCACUUCUGGGAGCGCAGCGCAGAGCAGGUUUUCAAGGCUGGAAGGGAAAUCAUCGACCUCAUCUCGACAUGCCGAGACAAGCUUCCUCAUUCGUCACUAGUCAUAUUCGCAAUCUGGCAAGCAGCGUUUGUCGGAAUAUACGCACGGCACUAUCCCCACAUGGAUACUCGAAACCACAUGGUCAGCAAACAGGAGAUCGAAGAACGGAAUUCAGGAGCCAUGUCUGAGAACACGCAGACGGGGAACACCAGUAUCGCUUUCCAAGCAUUGACCAAGGUUGCAUCUUACUUCAGCACGGCCUCCAAUUACGUCACGUAUUUCAAGGAUAUUGAUCAGUAUCUCACCAAGGUCUACUCCGACUACACAAAUCGAGGUUUGAAGAAGAGCGGAGAUGGUUCUCUGACCAUUCGACUGGGAGGAGGUGGCGGCGGACUGGAAGAGUGA